UUAAACAUUCCACAGUACUAUAUUCAAAUAACCAAGGAUUUUAAGGAUACUAGACAAAUUUUUGCAAGCCACCAAACAGAGAAAAGUUACUUUCCUAGGUAUAAAUACCCAGUCAAAAUGUUUCCUGGUAAAGUUCCUUUGCCGAGUAAAAUUUGCAAAGGCAAACAAACAGGCCCUAAUGUAGAAUCUAGGGAGAGCACUAAAACGCUAAAAAUUCUGCUUCCACGCUACCAGACAAUCAGCUAAGAAAAAAGCAAAAGAAAACUAUUGGUAAUGAAUAAUGUGGAAAAAAGUAUGAGAGUGAAAACAAGGACUAUCAAUAUCUAGAGAAGGCACAAACGUGAGAAGCUUCAUGGGAAUAUUUAUCUAACAGUAUGACUCCAAC